AUGAACACUCUGGAGCUCAGAAAACGGAUUAGCGCUCUGAACCGAUCAAUUUCCAUCCUUCAAGACCAGCUGCGCGUGCUCGAAGCAGAGAAAGCGGACCUCGCGACCCUGCUCUGUCGAUCCACGUACCCCAUCGAAACCCUACCUCCUGAGAUCAUAGCCCAGAUCUUCAGUCACUAUAUUGCUGCGCUGGACAAACCCACUCUGUCCCCGGCCUUGCUCGGGGUGUGUCGGACAUGGCGGCAGGUCGCAUUGGGCACCCCGGGGCUGUGGAACGAUAUCUUCGUGUCCAGUGAUCACCCGCAGCCAGACGCACUGCUGGAGCGCUGGGUGGAGCGCACCGGACCCCACAUUCCCCUCGAUCUCGACCUCGACCUCGACACGAUGCCGCGGACGAUGGAGGCCGUGCUGGCGGUGCUGGGUGCGCACGCGUCGCGCUGCCGGCGCUUGGUGCUGAGGAUGAGCAUGCCGUCAACGUUCAGCCUGGCACCGGGCAGCGGAUCCGGAUCAUGGGAGGAGCUGGAGGAGCUGGACGUGUUCGUGCGCUCAUACUGGGGUGCGGCGGUGCUUAGCCCUGUGACGGGGCUGUUCUGCGCGCCGCGGCUGCGCCGGGUGUGCGUCCAUUCGUUCCCCGCGACGGAGCUCGUGCUGCCGUGGACUCAGAUCACGUCCCUGACGCUCCGCAAGCAGUCCCUCGCGCAGUGCCUCAUGGUUAUCUCGCAGACGCGCCAGCUGGAGGUACUGCACGUGUCGCUGACAAACCUAGUCACCCGCCACCGCCCGAUCUCGCUGGUGCUGCCUGCGCUGCGGCGGCUCAAGAUCUACCGCAAUGUGACGCCAUUGAUCCUCGAGUACAUGACCCUGCCACAGCUCACGGACCUCGACAUCGGAGGCCAUGUCGACGGGGUCAUCCCGCUUGUGACGCGCUCAGGGUGUACAAUCACCCACCUCCGCCUGUCUCGCAUGGGAACGGAAGAAGACUCCAUUUGCGCAUGCCUCGGAGCGUUGCCGGGGUUAACGCACCUUGUGGUGGCGUCGCCGAGCGCGGAAUUCUUCUCAAAGUUCUUGCAGAUCCUCGCCGACCCUUCCUACCACACGGAAGACCCUCCAGUGGUACUGAUCCCCAUGCUGCAACAGCGGGAGGGCUCUGCGUUCCCCACGGCCUUGCUGCGAACCUUUUGUGCGACCUUCUGGGCAGAAGAAUACGACGAAUACAAUGACGAAGACGAGGAUGAGCAUAUCAAGGACUCGAUACUCGCCAUCAAAAAGCUGAUGCGCAAGGAGAUCUCCCUCCAACUCAAUAUGCCCCAAUCCUGGCAAUCUCACGAUUUGAACUGGCAUAGGAUUAAGCGAUUGAAACGGCUGGAAUAAUACAUUACUCGACACCCCCUACGGGUAAUAGUAGCUUUUGUUUUGAGGGCCGAAAAAAUGGCUUGAACAGAUAUGUCAACCAUGAAACCGAAAACGAGAAUCCC